AUGGAGCAGGAUAAAGCGCCAAUUCUCUCCAGCCCGCGAGGACGGGACAGGGGUUUCCAUGAAGAGGCAGCAGGCCUCGACAUUAGACGAGGAGAACACCAUCGAGAUAAUGCACUAGCACUCUCCGACGCUCAAGCAGAGGAUGGCGUCGUCAAUGAAGAAGAUUCAGAGACUCCAAAACGAGCAUCUCAUGGCGCAGAGCAUGUAAGUUCUCGACCACCAUCUGAAUCACGACCAAUACAAAGAUUGGUAUCUGACACUGUUGGAAGGGAGAACACGUGGGGAAAUAAGGCACAGGAACUUGAUGACCAAGCAAUUGAGCUUCUGAAGGAAGCAGACCGACACGAAAACACUGCAAAGAGCGUAGCUUCUGAGCAGAAGGCCCCAAUAUCUUUGAAGCUACUCAAGCAAGCUUACGCCUACUCUCGCGUCGCGUCCCUGGACCUUGCAUCCAAAAUGCAUGCAGCUCUCCCCCGCGAGAAUGAUUCGACGCCUCAGCGAAAUUUCCCGUAUGAAGGAUCUGACUGGAUCUUAAACCCGCCGAACGAGGAAGACUCCGAUGAAUGUUCGGAUGGAAGCGAAUCCGACGAAAUGCAGUCCGACGACUAGAGCAUGGAUUCCAACGAAGACAAUUUUAUCGAUGGGGAGUCUGAAGAAAAACCGCUUGGCCCAGACGAUUUUGACGAGGAUGGAGUCUGUAUCCGUUGAACUCACCGGCGCGCGAUAAGAUGAGUUCUGAGUUGAGGUGGUAUGUUACGGUUGCUGAUGCAAUUGAGUUUUUAUGUUCUAUCAUAACUUUGGGUUGCUUUUUGGAGUUUUGAGGGCUUUAUGUUCACUCGAGUUGCGCUGCGGCGCCGCUUUUGAGGUCACUUUGAUCUCAUAUUCUACACUUCAAGACUCAGCAAUCUGAAUUCCACUCGUAC